UCUCUCCCUCUCUCUUCCUUUUACCUUUAUCCCUCGUUUCUCGCCGUGUCUUCUCCACAAUCAUGGAUCUCUCGGCGAGAUGUUUGUUCCUUUUCCUCCUUCUCCUCUCGUGUCUUCUCGGCGUGAUAUUGACGAUCGAUUUGGAGGAGUCGAUUGAUCCGGGUUACUAUGUGGAGUCUGCCACAUCAGAGGCCAUCGACUACAAGGAUCCCUGUAAAGCUGCUGCCUUUCUGGGAGACAUUGCUCUGGAUGAGGAGGAUCUGCGGUCGUUCAAAGUGGACAGAAUAGUAGAUUUGGCCCAGAGAACCGUCUACACUUUCAAUCGCACAAGUGCAGGAUCAGCCAAUCGGAGAGGUUCAAACAGACAUGGGUCACGUCGUAGGAAAAGAGCUGCUACCUCCAGACCCGAGCGUGUUUGGCCUGAAGGUGUUAUUCCCUAUGUCAUCAGUGGUAACUUCAGUGGCAGCCAGCGGGCAAUCUUCCGCCAGGCCAUGCGUCACUGGGAGAAACACACCUGUGUGACCUUUAUAGAGAGGACGCAGGAGGAGAGCUAUAUUGUCUUCACCUACAGACCGUGUGGGUGCUGUUCCUACGUGGGGCGCCGCGGAGGGGGCCCCCAGGCCAUAUCCAUCGGGAAAAACUGUGACAAGUUUGGCAUUGUGGUGCACGAGCUGGGUCACGUGAUUGGUUUCUGGCAUGAGCACACACGGCCGGACCGUGACGAACACGUCAGCAUCAUCAGGGACAACAUUCAGCCAGGACAGGAAUAUAACUUUUUGAAGAUGGAACCAGGGGAGGUGGACUCUCUGGGAGAGGUGUAUGACUUUGACAGUAUCAUGCACUAUGCCAGGAAUACAUUCUCCAGAGGCAUCUUCCUGGACACCAUCCUCCCUCGCUAUGAUGUAAAUGGGGUACGACCACCCAUUGGCCAGAGAACCAGACUGAGCAAAGGGGACAUCACUCAGGCGCGCAAACUCUACAAAUGCUCCAGAUGUGGGGACAGUAUGCAGGACAGCAGCGGGAACUUCUCCUCCCCUGGUUUCCCCAAUGGAUACUCAGCCUACAUGCACUGCAUCUGGAGAAUAUCAGUCACACCCGGAGAAAAGAUCAUUCUGAACUUCACCUCCAUGGAUCUGUACAGGAGUCACCUGUGCUGGUAUGACCACGUGGAGAUCCGUGAUGGUUACUGGAGAAAAGCGCCGCUCAAAGGUCGUUUCUGUGGGGAUAAGUUGCCCGAGCCCAUCAUCUCCACAGACAGUCGCCUGUGGAUUGAGUUCCGCAGCAGCAGUAAUUGGGUGGGAAAAGGUUUCUCCGCCGUUUAUGAGGCCAUCUGUGGUGGGGAGGUGAAGAAGGACAACGGCCAGAUCCAGUCUCCUAACUAUCCUGAUGACUACAGACCCAACAAAGUGUGUGUGUGGAAGAUUUCUGUAGCUCAGGGCUUCCACGUAGGCCUCACUUUUCAGUCAUUUGAGAUUGAGAGACAUGACAGUUGUGCCUAUGACUACCUGGAGGUGCGUGAUGGCAACUCUGAAAACAGCCCUCUCCUUGGCCGCUUCUGUGGCUACGACAAACCAGAUGACAUCAAAACCAGCUCCAACCACCUGUGGAUGAAAUUUGUUUCAGAUGGCUCCGUCAACAAGGCUGGCUUUGCUGCCAACUUCUUCAAAGAGAUGGAUGAGUGCUCCAAACCGGACAACGGUCGCUGUGAGCAACGCUGUGUCAACACACUAGGCAGCUACAAGUGUGCCUGUGACCCAGGCUAUGAGCUGGCUGCUGACAAGCGCAGCUGUGAGGCUGCUUGUGGAGGAUUCAUCACCAAGCUGAAUGGCUCAAUCACAAGUCCAGGUUGGCCAAGAGAGUAUCCUCCAAACAAGAACUGCAUCUGGCAGCUGGUUGCCCCUACACAGUAUCGCAUCACUCUGCUCUUUGACGUCUUUGAGACUGAGGGCAAUGACGUGAGCACUGGGGUUAUUUUGAAUCGACACGGGGUUUGUAAGUACGACUACGUGGAGGUUCGGAGUGGACUUUCAGCUGACUCCAGGCUACACGGAAAGUUCUGUGGAGCAGAGAAGCCAGAGGCUAUUACAUCUCAGUACAACAACAUGCGCAUUGAGUUCAAGUCUGACAACACAGUGUCCAAAAAGGGCUUCAAGGCACAGUUCUUUUCAGAUAAGGACGAGUGCUCCAAGGAGAACGGCGGCUGUCAACAUGAGUGUGUCAACACCUUUGGGAGCUACAGCUGUCAGUGCAGGAGUGGCUUUGUGCUACAUGAGAAUAAACACGACUGCAAAGAAGCUGGCUGCGAUCACACUGUGAACAGCGUGAGUGGCAUUAUCACCAGCCCUAACUGGCCCGAUAAAUACCCCAGUAAGAAGGCAUGCACCUGGGCACUCACCACCACUCCAGGACACCGCAUUAAAAUCGCCUUCAAUGAAAUUGACUUGGAACCUCACCUGGAGUGUACUUACGAUCACAUUGAGAUUUACGACGGUCGUGAUGGAAAAGCACCAAGUCUGGGCCGCUUCUGUGGCACAAAGAAACCCCAGCCCAUAACAUCCAGCAGCAACAAGCUGUUCAUUCACUUCUUCUCUGAUAAUUCUGUACAGAAGAAAGGCUUUGAGGCGUCGCACACUGCAGAGUGUGGAGGUCACCUGAAAGCCGAAGUCAAAACCAAGGACCUAUUCUCCCAUGCCCAGUUUGGAGACAACAACUACCCUGGAGCCUCAGACUGUGAGUGGGUGAUCUCUGCUGAGAAGGGCUACGGCGUGGAGCUCAUCUUCCAGACCUUUGAGAUAGAAGAAGAGGCCGACUGUGGCUAUGACUACAUGGAGCUCUUCGAUGGAGACGACACCAAAUCUCCAAGGCUGGGGCGUUAUUGUGGGUCAGGGCCUCCAGAGGAGAUCUACUCGGCCGGCGACUCCAUUGUGAUCAAGUUCCGCUCCGACGACACCAUCAACAAAAAAGGAUUCCACGUCCGCUACACCAGCACCAAGUUCCAGGACACACUGCACUCACGCAAGUGACCAGCGGGGGCCGGAAGGGGCCGUGCAGGGCAGAGGGGCAAACGGAGGGGCCCCCAGGGGAGGCGCCAGCCUGAUGCUCGGAAACCUUCGGCCACCAAGUUGAAUCAGACACGACAGAACAGCCGCAAGACCACCAACCGCACCUCAGCUCCUAGGGGCUCGAGCUCCCCCCACAGACUGUGAGGAGUAAAGCCAUUCUGCAGUACACCUAGUUUUUACCUUUUUAUGUUUAGGAUUGGGUGGGGAGGGCUGUGUUCACUUCAGGUGGACGAUAGGGGAGAAAUUUAUUGACGCAGUCCCCUCCAUAUAAUUUUUUUUUUCAUUUGUUCCUUUUUUUUCUUUUUUACAUAAAACAUGCCUCUGAUUAUGAGGCACAAAAAGGUAAACAGUGGAGUCUCAGGACCUGCAGCAAGGCAGGCAUUAAAGGGGACAGAUCCCUGCUUUUGUCAGGCCAGUCCACCACUUCCAGCAGGGGUUCAAGGACUCCUGUCCAUAUGAGGAUUCAGAAGGACUUGACUUGAGAGUUUUAAUACUGUAUGUCAGUCAAUUGCAUGUAGUUACAAAGGAGCACAGGAGAAAUUGUAUAGUGAUGACACCAGCAUUUGUAAAUGGCAAUGUAACUGGCAACCAGUGGCAAGAUUCUCGUUGUUACCAUUAACAAAGGAAAUUAAGGAAGCAGUUAUCUUAUUAAAGGACUAAUACAUGAAAUGUGGUCCAUGUCUUCUGGUUGGUAAUUGCUCGCCUGAUGACUGGCUUUAACUGUACCUCCAUGUAUAAAGUAAUGUGUA